AUGUCUAAUAUAAAAAAAAGUAUUUAUUUUUAUAAGGAUUGGAAUGAUGAAAUUGAAUCAGAAUUUUACAGUGAAGAAAAUAAUGUUAGUGUAAAUGAAAAUAGUAAAAAAAGUUCAGCUAAUUUAAUCAAUGAAGAAAUUAUAGAGAAAGAAAAAAGUAUAGAAAAUUCGGUACAUCUAGAACAUAAUAAUACGUAUAAAAAUUCUGGGGAUUCUAUUUUUUAUGAUGUAGAAAAUUCACAAGAAAAUAAACAUUCCUCAUUCGAACAUGAAAAGACAAAGUCAUCAAAGAAAUCGUUUUAUUCUAUAUAUGAUGAUACAGAUGAAGAUGAAAAUGAAGACAGUGAUUUUCACAUUUUAAGGAAUAAUCGGAAAGAAAAGAUGUUAUCCUUAUGUAAUAAAAAAACGAUGGAUAUAUACGAGAAAGAAGGAUUCUUUAACGAGACCCCUUUGAAUAAUAAUGACAAUAUAAUAAAUGAAAAUAAUAAUUUUAACAAUGUAGAUAACGAAAUUAAUAAUAAUAUUAAUAAUAAUAUUAAUAAUAAUAAUAUUAAUAAUAAUAACAAUAAUAAUAACAAUAAUAAUAAUAAUAAUAAUAAUAAUAAUAGUAAUGAUAUUUAUAGUAAUAAUUUUAUGCAUAUAUAUGACACAGAAGCAUUAUUCAGUAACAACACGGAGAAAGAAAAAUACGAUUCAGAUAAUUCUCAUAAAUAUACCAGUUCAAAUAAUUUAAGUGAAAAAAUAAAAAGGGAUAUAAUUAUUAAAAAUGUUUUAAAAAAAAUUAACACACUAAUCACCAAUUUUAAAAUGAAUAAAUCAGAAAUUAAUGUUUCAUAUAUUGGUAUAUUUACAAUUUUGAAGAAAUAUUUAUAUAUUAUAAAAAAUAAAAAAAUGAUUUUCUUAAAAAAAAAAAGAUACACGAAGAAAAUGCAUUUAUGCAACAAUAAAGAUAUGAAAAAAAAGUUCUGUAGAAUUAAAACAUUUUAUUGCUUGAAAAGGAAAUUUUUAUAUAAUGUGGAUAUUAAGCUUUUGAUAAAAGAAAAGCAUUUUCUUAAAUAUUUAUAUCUAUGUACCUUAAAAAAAAAAAUACAAGCUCAUUACAACAAGCAGAAAAGAAAAACGGAAAAAGUAUUAAACAAAUUGAUAAAGUAUAUAAUAAAUAAUGAAAUAAAAAAAAAAAGUAAAAACAAAAUAAAUAAAACUACAUCAAAUGAUGAUAUCAACGAUAUCAAAAAUGAUAAAUAUGAUAUGGACAGAAAAAUAAAAAAUUACAUUUUUAAAAAUAAAAGAAGUUUACUCAAUUAUAAAUAUUAUAAUUCAAAAGAUUAUUCUGUAAAAAAAUAUCUCACUGAAUUUUUUGGCAACAUGAAUAAGUCUGAUGAUCAUAAAAUGUCGGAUGAAAGUUAUGUUGAACAUUCAAAUAUUGAUAACAACUCUUUUGAUAAGGAUAUUACAAAUAUGUGUACAUUGUAUGAGGAUAAAAAUGAUGAAAUUCGUAAAAAUAAUAACUAUGAAAAAAUAAAUACUAUAGAAAAAGAGAAAACAAAUGAACAUGCUCAUAAUGAUGAAAUCUAUAUGACGUAUAUAAAAGAUGAAACAAAAUUAAUGAAUUCUGAAAGUUUUGCAACAUCACAAGAUAUGAAUAAUUCUAUUAAAGAAAAUAAUAAUAACAAAAAUUGUCAUAAUAUAGAUAAUGGUACCGAUUCGAUAGAUAAUUUAAGUGUAUGUAAAGAAUAUGUUAACGAUAUGAAAAGAGAACAUGAUAUACAUAAUGAUAUUAAUUAUAAGGACAAAAAUGAUGAUACAUAUGAGGAGAAAUAUUAUAAUAGCAUAAGUUAUAUAGAUGAAAUUGUACAAAAUGGUAGUGAUGAAAUCAUACAAAAUGGUAGCGAUGAAAUCAUACAAAAUGGUAGUGAUGAAAUCAUACAAAAUGGUAGCGAUGAAAUCAUACAAAAUGGUAAUGAUGAAAUCAUACAAAAUGGUAGUAAUAAAAUUGUACAAACUGGUAGUAAUGAAAUCAUACAAAAUGGUAAUGAUGAAAUCAUACAAAAUGGUAGUAAUAAAAUUGUACAAAAUGGUAGUGAUGAAAUUGUACAAAACGGUAGUGAUGAAAUCAUACAAAAUGGUAGUAAUAAAAUUGUACAAAAUGGUAGUGAUAUAAUUAUACCAAAUAAUAGUGAUGAACAUUUAAGUAGCGAUUAUGAUCAAAAAAGCCUUAACUAUCAUAGCAGUAAAAGUUAUAUUAGUGAUAGUGAAGAAAAUAUACAUUAUGAAUCAAACAUAAAGGAUGUUAAUAAUUAUAGCAGUGAACAUUAUCUUAAUGAUUACUGUUAUGAUAAAAAUAGUUGUAAAUCUGACAAGAAAGAAGGUUAUAUUAAUAAUAAUGUUGAAAAAGAGAAUAAUCAAUAUGAUGAAAAAAGAUGUAUCCAAUAUAAUAGAAAUUCAUAUGAUAAAAGUUAUAGUUAUUAUAGUGAUAAUGCACAAAAAGAUAUUUAUGGUUACAAAAGUAUAUGUAGUGAUGAUAAUAGUAAAAAUAAGAAUUAUAGUAAAGACAGCAUAGCAAUUAUUAAAAGCAUUACAAGUGCUAACUCUGAAGAAAAAAAAGAAAUGAAAUACAAUAAAAAUAUUAUAUAUAAUAAUGAUUAUAAUGUUAAUUCUUUUUAUGAUCUCUAUGAUCAAGAACAAUUUGAUGAAAUAUCACAAAAAAAUAAAAUCAUUACAAGAAUUGGAAGCUUCGUAACAAAUAAAAGUGUUUAUCAAUACGAAAAAUAUAAAAAGGACCAAUCAAGUACAAGUGUAAUAAUUCCCUCAAAAUAUGAUACACAUUUUAAUGAUAUAGAAAACAAAAUGGAAAAAGAAAUAAAAAGAAGCUUUGAACAAUUUUUUAAUAUUCCUAUACAAUAUAAUGAUUUAAAAAAUAAUGAAGAAAUAAAACAUACUAAUGAAUAUAUAAAGCAAUCAAAAGAAGAAAUAAAAAAUAUGGAGAAUCAACAAGGAAUUAAUAUAAUAAAACAAUCAAAUUAUUCUUCAUCAAUGCAAAAUAUAAUGAAUAUAAAUGAAGAAGAAUAUAUUCCCUUAAAUCAAAACAUGAGAGUUGAAUCUAUUCCAAACCUUUACCAAUCGCUUGAAAAUAUUAAUAGUAAUUAUAAUAUUAAUACAAACAAAGAAGAAAUAGAAGAGGAAAAAGAUAAAAAUAAUAAGAAUAUAUAUAAAAAUAUAAAAAAUCAUCCUUAUAAUGAUGAUCAUGAUGUACAACUUAACGAAGAGGACAUAAUUACAGAAAAACAUGAUGAUACAACUAAGAUGAUAAGAAAACAAGAACAAAUAUAUAAAAUAUAUUCACGUUUGCAAAAUAGAAUUUUAAAUGAUUUUAAAAAAGGUUGCUUAAAAAAAAUGAAAAAAAUAUUCAAUAAAAAAUGUAAAAAAAUUGAAAAAGAUAUUUCUCAAAAUAUACAAAGUGUGGUCCAAAAUUAUAACUUAAGUGACAUUAACUGUUCAGAAUUUGUAAAUAUAUAUAAAAAAAAAUCAAAAAAAAAGAAAAAGACAAAAAAUGUAAAGAGCAAAAAAUGGGGAGACAAUGUGUACUUAUUGAAAAAUGAACAUAAUGAUAUGAAAGAUGAGCAAUGUGUAAAAAGCAUUCAUAAUGAUGAAAAAAAAAUGACUGAUCGAUUUUAUGAGAUAGAUAAAAUAAAGAACAUUGAUCAAAACAUUAUGAAUAAUAACACUUGUUAUGAUAAAAAAUGCGAUAUUAUUAAUAAUUACACUUAUAAUAUUAUUCAAUACGAUGAUGAGAAAUACAAAAUAUGUGACCCAUCAAAGGUGUACCCUUACUACUAUGUUACUAAAAAUGAAGAAGCUACAUAUAAUAAUGCGUAUUAUUACAAUGAAUAUAAUUAUGAAGAUUUUAACAAACUUGAUAAUGAACAUUCAAAAGAUAAAUAUGGAGAAAACGCUUUAAUAAAUUACGUUUACUUAAACAAGGGAAAUGUUUACAAGAAUGUAGAAAAGAAUGAGAAAAAUAAAAAUAAGGAACGUGCUCAUGUAAAUACAGAAAUCAAAUUAAAUAUCUACCAAAGAAAAGAAAGUUCUGAUUCAAAUUCAAAAGAAAAUAUAGAUAUGAAUAAUUUGGAAUGUACAAGUUUGUAUUUUACUAAAAAUGAUCUCCAGAAUAAAAACAAAUUAUUUGAUCUUUUAAGAAAUAUUGAUAAAAAAAAUUUACGUGAUGUUAUCUUUAAAAUAUUCACUGUUAUAAAUUCAAAAAGGUUCAAUGGAGAUAUGAUUGAUGAAAAAGGAAAAUUUAAAAAUAACGAAAUUACGAAAUAUAUAAAAAAUAAAAAUGUAUUUAAUAAAAUUAAACCAUAUAAGAAAAAUACAAACUGUAAGAAUAGGAAGGAGAAUAAGAAUAAUAAGAAGAAGUUACAUAGUAUUUUUAUAAGAAAUAAAAUAAUUUAUAACAAUAAUAAUAAUAAUAAUAAUAAUAAUAUUUGUAAGAAUAAGAACAAUAUACAAAAAAUAAGCAAACAAAAGAAAAUUAAUAAAAUUUUCUAUCCUACAAAUAUAUAUAAAAGAAUGUACCAGAAAAUUAAAGAAAAUAAUAAAAAUAAGCAAGGAAACCAAAAAAUUAUAGAUACAUAUAAUACGAAAUAUAAAUUAAUAAAUGUACCAAAUAAGGAGUUAUAUUUCUAUAAAAAUGAAAAUAAUAAUAUUGGAGUAAAGAAAACAUUACCUGUUUAUAUUUAUAGAAUGACGAUGAAACAAAAAAAUAAAUAUAUACCUAUUAAAAAAUUUAAUUAUUCCUAUUUAUUUAUAGAAAAAAAAAAGAAAAAUUAUAAUUCUUCCACAAGAAAUAAUAAAAUUCUACCAUAUUAUUAUUUUUUUGAUUUAAAUAAUUUUACUGAAAAUAUGAAACAAAAUUUAUAUUUUAAGCCUAUGGUUACUAACAAGAAAAGUGUGUACAAUGAGCAUAUAGCAACUUUGGAAAAUAAUAAAAAUAUAUAUGUAACAAAUAAUAUGAUAAAUCUAUAUAAUAAUAAUAGUAACAAUAAUAAUAAGUAUUAUAUGAGCACAAAUGUCGAUGGGAAGAACAUUUUUUUUGAUGGUAAUAAGACAUGUAUGUAUUAUUAUUCCAAAGAUUAUAUAAGUAAUGAAGAUGUUCAUACAAAAUAUAUUAUGGAUAACUGUAGUGAAUAUAAAUGUUCAUUAAACAUGGAAAAAAAAACAAAUGACAAUUUUAAUAAUCAUAAGCCUAUAUUAAAUGAUAUCGAGCAAAAAAAUAUAACUGAAAAGGCAGAUGGCCAUAAACUAUGUUUAAAUGAGAAAACUCAUAUAUAUGUUGACCUUAAAGAAAAAAUAAAUGAUAAUAAAUUAGUAAGUAAUAUUGUAUAUGUAGAUCAUAAGAAUGAAACUAUGAAUGAAAAAAUGGUAUGUGUAGAUGAUAAUAUAAAAGAUACAUAUAUAGUUAAUGAAAAUAAUGAAUUAGUAAAAAUGGAUAACUACGAAAGUAACCUUCAAACAAUACCAUUUACAGGUAAGAAAAUAAAUGAUGAUAAGAUAUUUAGUUAUGCCAUAAGACAAUAUUAUUACAAUCUGAAUAAAUGUACUCUUUGUGAUAAAGAAAAUGGUAAAAAAUGUUACCCUUUAAUAUAUAAUAAUAAUAAUAAUAAUAAUAUGAUCUCCGAAAAUGCACAUCAAAGUAAAGGAGAGAAAAGUCAAAAUUAUAAUAUACAAAAUAAUAAGGUCGUAAAAAGUGAUGAUUAUUAUAAUUAUAAAAAUGAUACUGUACACAAUUAUUAUAUAAAUGAUGACUCCUUAUCAAAAGGAAUAAAAAAAACAACCUUAAAAAAAAAUAACAACAUUAAAAAAGAUAUAAUAAAUAAUAAUAACGAAACGAAUAAUAGCAGUAAUAGAAAUAUUAAUUAUGAAUGUAAUAGUGUGAUACAAGUUAAAAAUAAUGUAAUAAAUGUUGAAACUCAGAAAAAACAAAAACAAAAUGAUAACAAAGAAAUAUAUAAUUUAUUAUUUACUAAUGAAAAGCUUAUACCAUCUUACUACACAAAUUUAGUAAAAAAAUAUAAAAAUGAUGUUGGAAAAUGUAUACUGAAAAAUAUAUACAACGGUAGUGAAUAUUUUAAAAAUAGUAAUAUAAAAUAUACGUGUAUGAAUAAUAUAUAUAUGAAUAAAAUAGACCCCAAAAAAAAAAACAUAUAUACAAAUAAAACACAUAUGAUGCAUAAUAAAUAUGUCAAUCAAGUAUAUCAAAAAGCAUAUGAUAAACCAAAUGUAACUAAAUAUCAACUAAAAGUAAAAAAAAUUACUUUUAAUAGUAAAAAUCAAAGUAAACAAAUAAAUAAUACAAAUUUUAAUAAUUUGGAUUUAUAUAAUAAUAAAAAUUAUGAUUAUUUUUAUUAUAAUAAAAAUUGCAAUCUAGAAAGCUCAAUUAAAUUAAAAAAUAAUAAUAUUGAAAGCUUUCAAAUAUGUUUUAUUAAUUCUCCAAUAAAUGACAAAGCCACAAAUACAAAAUACAAGCACAAUGUUGAAAAUAUUUGUAUUUUUAAAGACUUUUAA